AUGAGUGAUCUGAAGAGGAGGUCUGUUGCAGAUGAAGAGGAGCGUGAAGGUGAGUUGCUCCUCCUGAAGAUUAAAGCCCACCUGGAGGAGAUGUUCUCUGACAGUUACCUGGCGGAGGACGGCUUCCUGCUGAAACACAUGCAGAAGAACAAGCAGGGCUACGUCAGCCUGAAGCUCCUCACCUGUCUGAAGAAGAUCAAGGCCCUGACCACAAACUGGUACAUGACCCUGGCAGCAGCGGAUUGCUCAGACCUUUUGGAGAUAAACGAUGAAUGCACCAAAGUGAGGCGCAAAGAGCCGCUUCCCCAGUGGCUGAUGGGUUCCCCCACCAGCAGGCUGCUCCUCGUCUGGAACGACUCUGGCGACCAGGGGAAAGAGGACGGAGCAACGGGAGAGUCGGAACAUCCAUCGCUCCUGCUGAAGGUCCUGGAUAAGUUCACCAGUCCCAGCAGCGUCAGCUCCAGCUGGAUCCUGCGUCCUGGAGAAAGACUUCCCAAAGAGCUCCAGUGCUACGCCAAACGCCACAAAGAGCUCGGCCAACACGUGUGCGCCGUGGUGAAGUUUACUCAUUUUGAGGCAGUUCGUAGGACCUUCAGUGCUCUUAAAGAAGAAGAGAAAAUGAACGAGAGGGGCUUGCACGUGGUGCCUUUAGGAUGGCAGUCGAUGCAGAGCGUCGCCAAGUCCGAACCAUCAGAGGAAAAGCACAGAAGCCAACCAGAGGAGGACGUUUGCUCUGAGGAGAAGCUACUGGAAAUCCCCAUGGUUCUGGUUCAACGUGAACCUUCACCUGUUAAAGAUUUUGAGGAAAACUCCAAAGCGUCUCCACCUGAAGGAUGCCAGAGCGAGAGCUCCACCAGCUUCGACAGCCCGUCCUUCUGUGGAAUAAAGCAGAGGUACCACAAGAAGAGCUGGGACGCCGGAGACAACGUCAAACAGAGUUCUCAGAGCCCAUGGGUACUCAAGCGCAAGUCCGCAGCAGUAAACCUUAAUGCUAGGCACCCAAAUGCACCCUGUUUAGUUCAAACACUGCAUCAACCCUUUGGUCCUGAUGGCACCAGGGGGUUCCAUACCAGAAGGAAGUGA